GAGCAGAGAAAAAUGUAGAGCUCAAUGAAUAUCAAUAAAAAAAUAGAGAUUUGUUAUAUAAUUCUUUAAACUUUACUAUGUUUUGAGUUUUCAUAAUAAAAUAUCAGCAAAUAGAUAAAAAUUGUCAGGAAAAUACUAGGCUUUGCUUAGGAAGUACAUUUCCUUUCUGGGGGAAUUCCAAAUGCCUAACAGACCAUGUUUAUUGCAGUAGAAGGUGGGCUUCAGGCCCACAGACCACUUGGGAUAGAGGGAAUCUUCUGCCAGGACUCUUGGAUUCCAUUUCUUUUCCUUGUUUUAGUUUUGAGGCAGGUUCUUGCCCCAAAGCCCAGACUGGCCUUGAACUCAAGAUCUUCCUGCCUACGCCUCUCAAAUGUUCCUUUUACAGGUGCAAGCCAUGCCACCUGGCUAGAUCAGGCUCUUUAGAUUAUGUGAGCUUUUCGUUCACCCAGUUGUUCUUCAGUGAGUUUUAGCUAGUUUCUCUGCCUAUACUGAAAUUUGUCACUAUGCCUGGAGUGGACCCCACCUUGCCACCUGUGACUCACGGGAGGAGGAGUAGAUUAAGAUGCUUCAGAGCUUAUGAGACACCUGAUCCUAAGAGGUUGAUCAUAUUUGUUCUGGGUCUGAAGUUUACAUGAUAAAGAACAGUGGGAGGGCUUGAUAUGAUAUAAAAAGAUCUGGAAAUCACUGGAGCAUCAUGUUGCAUCUGAAACUGCCAGCCUCAGAAUGUUGGCCAUUGCUCUCCUAGCCUUUCUCUGUGUGUCAGCCUCUGCCAAUGAAGUUCAGGUCAAGUCCUCCUCUUAUAAUGGGGAAUAUGGAGGCGUUACAGGAAGACGAUUCUCUCAUUCUGGCAACCAGAUGGAAGGUCCCAUUACCGCCAUCCGUAUUCGAGCUGACACACACUAUAUCAUAGGUCUCCAGGUACGCUACGGCAGGACAUGGAGUGACAAUGUAGGCGGCACACAUGGAGACUUGGAAGAGAUCUUUCUAUACCCUGGGGAAUCAGUGAUUCAGGUGUCCGGCAAAUACAAACACUAUCUGAGGAAGCUGGUCUUCAUCACAAGCAAGGGCCGCCGCCUGUCUUUCGGAGGAAAAGAAGGCAUAAGUUUCAAUGCUGUUCCCUUGCAUCCUAACACUGUACUUCGCUACAUCAGUGGCAGAGCUACCAACUACAUCACUGCCAUUGGCCUGCACUGGGGUAACUACCCUAGUAACCAGAACAACUGCUAAACCUUCAGCUUCUUGUUUGCCAGGGACAUUGUGUAAGAACUCCCUUACCACCAACUCCUAUGCAAACAACUUAAUAAAUGAGCGUGGCUAAAUUCA